GUAUCAACCUCUUUUGGAUCUCUUCAGCUUCAACUUUGAUCAUCCAUACAGAGGUAUGUCCAUGACUCUUGAUUACCAUUGAUACGUACAUUAGUUAUUUACGUUCCUUAUCUAAUAACUUUUCUAUUUCAUCAUUUAUAGUAAAAUAUGAAAUUCAUCAUAUUAAUUUUGCAAAACUCAUUGAGUUUUCUCCGUCUUUCACAAAUAGAUCUCACUUUUAUUUCUACGAAAACGUAAAAGCAAAGUACUAUAAGAAAGAUAAAAUUUUAAAAAAUGAAAAUGAAAUUUUUUUUAUUUUUUGUGUGUGGAGACAUCUAUAUUCUAAGUAAAGAGGAAAUCUUAGUGCAAUAACUAACAUAAAACUAAUAUGUAUGGCAUGUUUUUUUUAAGUACUUGCAUAGCUAGUAGUUCUUUUUCAGUUCAUGGUAGUUAAUUCACCUCAUUAAGGAAAAAUUUAUUUUGGUGAAGACCUUCGUAAAUGCUUUCUAAUCCUUCAACUCAUUAUAAUGGUCAUGGCUUGUAAAUGAAAACCAGGAAAUGGAGAAGGUGCAACAAAUGACAAACAACAAAGGAAUCAUGAAGGUUGAAAUUCAUAGCCAUUUCAAUUCUGCGGUGGAAGUGGGUUCCCGUGGGCUAUCUCGUCAGACAAGCAUGACCAAGACCAACUGCCUUUGCUCACCAACCACUCACCCUGGUUCUUUCCGGUGUAGGAUUCACCGUUCUCUUUCGUUGCAACGUACCAAGAGUAUCGAGGCUGCAUCUCUAUUGGAUUCUCCACCAAAGCCAGCGGAUUCCCCUAGUACCGCUACAUAGAUUCAUGCAUGAAUCCAUGACAUUACCAAUGUUUGUUGUAACUUGUAAUUUGAUCAUUAUAUGGAGGAGUAGGCUUUUAUUUUCCAACAAUACGCAUGAAUUUACGCGUUAAUCAAUGGCAUUACAAUUGUUCAUAUGAAAACAUGAUCCGAUAACAUAUUAGAAGUACAUUAAUGAGUAGAGUGAAGUGGAAUCUUACUUGUAACUAUAUAUACGAUUAAUAUGAAAGAUGCCCUUUGGAAAUAU